UGUUAUUUAGAAAUCACAACUUGGCCGAAACAUCUUAAUGCAUUCUACAAAAUCACAAGCAAUGCCCUGGCGUUUGAAGUUAAAGCUGCAGGCAAUGCUGCCUUAGGCCUGUCUCGUAAACCGGCCAACAACUGCGACUUUUGGAUAGUAUUGGGGGAAGGCCAGCGAAGCUUUAUCAAGAAGAUGAGCAGUCGUCACUGUGAGUCGGCAAGCACACCCGGCAUUCUAAGUCCCGAUGAGUACCACAAGUUCUGGCUAACCUGGUCCAAUGGCUCUGUGCGCCUCGGCAGAGACGGAUACUCUGAUCCCAUAGUCUCCUGUAUCAAUGAUGUACAUGACAUGAAGUAUGUCACAUUCUCGGUUGUUGAGCAGAGAAAUCCUGUGCACUGGAGGUUUGAAAUACCACCAUCAAUAGAAAAGACCAAAUUCAAACCCAUAACAGGUAGUGAGCUUCAGUGGGUCACGUAUGAGCCCGGACGAGAUCUGCCUGAAGAGCUGCUAGUCGGAGGGUUUGAGAAGGAGAACUUGUACAUCGCCCGAGCCAAGCACAGAGGUUCAUUGACCCCUGGAAAGUAUGUGCGGUCUUUGGGCAAGGCUUAUAUAUCUUGGGGAGGACAGUCUAUUGAGAAGCCAGAGUUUGAGCUUCUCUGUGGCUUUGACGGAUUUUGGGUGGGGACCUGCGACGACAAAAUACCAGUAGGCGCGUUCAUUGCUGGCUAUUCUGAAGACAAUCUCGAGAGACUCUACAUCGGACGCGCGUUGUACGAGGGACAUCUCAUCCCAGGCAAAGUAGCCCCUUCACACAAAGUCUGCUACAUACCCUAUGAAGGCAGACAAAUAUCCGUGAAAAAGUUCGAGAUCUUGGUCUCUCCAAAAGAGAAUGACAGAUGUGUUAACAAAAUAUUCGUAUCGGACAGAGUUUCAUAUGUGCAGCCAGAUAUUGAAGAGUAUGAUGUGCCAGACUCCGAUUACUCCAAUGAAACUGAUGAGGAGAAUGUUGCCUUCUGAAGAUCCUGAUGACUGCUCUGGUUCUCUUAAUUAACUUAAUUUGAAAAGGGAACAUUCUUACUUAAAACCUAUUCCUGUUUUCAGUAGGUAAGUAUUUCUUUUCGAUCUCACUAAGUUAUUUAUUAAUAAAGUUGAGUUUGUGUUACAAUAA